AUGAUUUCAGUUUAUCAUCUUCUAUUCCUGAAAAUUUUUAUGCCUGGCAUCUCUGGAAUAACAGAAUGGGGUUUCAAAAGAUUCAUAAAAUACGAACCCGGUGAUAUGAACCUUAUAAUAACAGCCCCUCACGGAAGUUCACUGGAUCCCAAGACUCAAAGUGAUGGUCGCAGAUGGCCAUACAGAGGAAAUGGCUGUAAAGGAAGCGAUGGUGAAUGUAUUUGGACACACGGUUGUAGGGUUAAAUCUGCAAAGUGCAUUGCUUUAAUAAAGAGGGAUGAUUUUACCAUGGGCAUCGCUCGAGAUAUUGCCAAUGAAAUCAAGGAAAUAGCAGGUAAGAGAGUACUAUGGCCCUGGUACCUUUAGAGCCUUGGGAUCCGUGUCAGUAUGUAAGCAACUGCGAACUCACCCCUCCCCUAACUCAACAACAGUCCACUGAUAAUAAGUUAGGGUUAAUGUUAGGUCGGGGGAGGGGUACGUGCGCACUUGCUCGGAUAUUGACAUUGAUCCGAGCCUUGUUAUCUUGUGGUGACGUUUCGAGUGUUCUUUUCAUUUCUUUUAGUUUAGAGGGAAAAAAUCUUCUCAUCUGAUGAUCUUUACCUCAGUAAAUCUACUUGUAUCGCUUAAUCUCUUUUAUGCUCCAGUCCCUUUCAAGCUUGCUGCGUCUGAGAAAAGGAAUUUUUUUUGUAUGCUUUUUCUCUCCACUAGGGCCCAUAUCACUUCCGCUUCCCUUUCUCCCCCGCCUCGCUGGUACUGAAUCCGUCUGAAAUCCGUCUGCGAAAGUAAUUAUAAGGAACCCACCAUCCCCUCCAGCCUUGAAGGCUUCUAAGAGGCUGUGUGGUGAAUGACCACCACACAGAUGAACGAAAGAAGUCCUUAGAGGAGUCUCCCCACCCGCGAAGUUGGUCAGUCUGUGGUUUGAAUUCCUACAGGAGACUCCGAUCUCCUCUAUUGUCUCACAUUCGUGGAAGAUGCUAAACAUCUUUGUUUUUUUGACAACCGUGCACAAAAAUUCACUAUUUUCUUUCUUGCCUUAUCUCAACAUACGACCGCAACAAAACUAACAUUUUUACCAGAGGGACCAGACCAGUUAUUUACUAUGACACGAAUUUAAAAUCCUCCUCCCCCACCUCUCCCCGCUGGCGGCAAAUAAUGACUUGAUGGCCAUUAUUAAGAAAUCCUCCGACAACCCCCCCCCCCCCCCCCCCCUGGCGACAAAUAACGACUAGCUCUCGUUAAAAACAGGUCUCCGAUCACACGUCGUGUACAGCAUGCUAUUGAGAGCCAAACUUGACGUGAACAGGGAGAUCGAAGAAGCAACCUUCAAUAUCUCGGACGCAAUUGCCGCCUAUUAUGAUUACUCCUUUUUCAUCAACAAGGCCAAGUCGAGCAUCACAAGGCGUGGGACUGGGCGCGGCUUACUGCUGGACAUUCACGGCAGUGCUGAUCACCUACAAAGAACUGUGUUAGGUUAUCUGGUUCAUAGCAAUUAUCUCGACAAGGGAGACUAUAGCAUGGACAUGUCCUCUAUCAGAAGCCUUGGUAACCACUGGUGUGGAAUCGACAAUAUUUGUUUUAAGGAAUUCGUCCAGGGUAACAGAAGUCUUGGGUACUUUAUGAAUCAGCAAGGCUUACUCGCGAUACCCUCUCCGCAAAGUAAAAAAAUAAAACCAGCUGUGAUAACUUAUCUGUCUGGAGGAUACACAGUGGCUAAAUUUGGGUCCAGAGAUGGAGGAAAUGUUGAUGGUAUACAGCUGGAAUUUUCCCGUGCAUUGCGAUCGAGUUGGAACCAUAAUGCAAAGAAUAAAGUAGUCAGAGCUAUUUUAAAUUUUCACAAGUUUAACUACCCAGGAGAACCUUAAUAUCAAGCCACCUUCAUGUAAGUUUUUCUUAUUUCAUCUGACGUCGUUCCCAGGCUUCUCAAAAAGAAGAGAAACUCGACUGAGGAAGACUGAGUUUGAUUCUUCUCGACUUCGUAGCGCCGUCUUAGUUUCGUCGGUCAUAGUUCGGAUGUUCGCCUUCUCAAGCGCAACAAGGAGUAUGUACUCAACUUUUAUGAGUAGUUUUUACUUGUAAUAAAGCAUAAUAUUACAAACUUUAUGAGAGGAAAAUGUCUUGGAUGGCACUUGGAAUUUUAUUAACAACGAUUAAUCUGUCUUGAUGACGUAAAAUUUGUCCAGUUUGAGUCUUAAUUAAGCUUGUUGUUCGACUUUACACGAAAUAAUCUUGCCUAGAUUGCAUUGAAACAUUUUGGCGUUGGCAAAAUUUCAGUAUAUGAGCU